UUUUUUAAUUCUCAUAAAAAAAUAUAAGAAAGUAUUAAUACUCAAAACGUUCGUAGCUCAAUUUUGUUAAUAAUUUAAUUAUUUAGGACUGGUUUCAGUGAAUUUUAUUAGUGAAAAUGUUAAAAGUUGUGUUAUUUACGAGUGUUUCCUUGUUUAUGGUUUCUUGUCCGUCUAUGGCGUAUGAGCAGGACAAGAAAGGAGAUUACGGAUUUCCGGCCGGAUUGAUGUCAAUAUGUCCUGGCUCCACCAAACCAGCUCUGAUCCCCAAGGGUCAGCUGAAGUACUUGUCCUUCGUGGUCCAGGGCAACGGACGAACCAGACAGAAGUACAACUUUUGGAACGCCAGGGGUAUCGCCAAGGAUCCUAGAGUCAAUUUUGAUAGGAGGACGCUGAUAGUGGCUAUAGGCUACCUCGACAGCCCCAACCUGCCCAUAUCAGCGAUGUUCGCCAAUGAAUACGAGGACAGGGGAUACAACGUCAUUCUGGUGGACAACCAGAGAUUUGCUACUGUCCACUAUCAUUUAGCAACACGACUCAUGAGACCUGUAGGCAAGCACGUAGCUGAAAUUCUAGUCCAACUCAUGGAGUACGGACUAGACCCAAGCAAACUGGAACUCCUAGGUUUCAGCCUAGGCUGCCACACCGCCAGCUUCGUAGCCAAACACUUCCAAACCAUGACAGGUCGAAAUAUAUCCACCAUCUCAGCCUUAGAACCAUCUGGUCCUUGCUUUCGGAACUUGGGACCAAAACACAGGCUUGAUGCUGGCGAUGCAGAUUUUGUCCAAGUAAUUCACACAAAUAUCGAUGGCUAUGGCAUGGCCACUCCUAUGGGACAUGUCGACAUCUACGUGAACGGGGGAGAGUAUCAGCCGUCGGAUAUCAGCCUGUACCCAUGUACUACAACUUGCAGCCACUUCAGAGUUCUCCCCUUAUGGGUCUCGGCUUUAAAGAACCCUAAGAAGUUUGUAGCUAUAAAGUGUAGAGAUAUACAGCAAGCUAGAGACUCUGAUUGUUAUGGCAAUUCUCCUAUGGAACCUAUUUUUAUGGGAAUAGGUAUAGAUAAGACUGAAAGAGGUAUAUACUAUCUAGCUACCUCUAUGGAAUAUCCUUUCUUUUUAGGGGCAAAAGGAUUGAAGGAAGAAUAUGUUUACUGGAAGAGACUAACUAAUAUUAAUAAUGGACAUGAAAUAGAAAUCUACACGUAAAAUAAUAACACAAAUUGAAUUAGUAAUUUUGAGUAAAAAAAACAUCCUUUUGAAGGAAAAUAAAGUUUGUUAUUUUUCGUGAAUAUUUCAAACAAUGCGAUGGCUACAUUGGACUAAAAUAUUCCGGCUUAUUAUGAUCCCACUGGGAUUUAGGGAACCCCAACAAAAACCGAACGGACUCCAAGUAAAACUGAUUAUGUACUAUUGCACUAUCGUAUUGGGGUCGGAUCCAUGUUGCGAAAUAAUAAAUGGUAUUGGAUUAUGGGGGUCUUAGAAUGAGGAAAGGAUGCAAUGCUCAAAUAUUCUGACCCUGUCCCUAUAUUAUAUACCUAGAUGUCGCUGUAGUCUCACAUGGCAUAAUAGUAGUCUGUAUAGAAAAACGAAAUAAAAUAUAGGGUCUUCUUCUCUAUAUUUUAUUUCGUUUCUUUCAAUUUUUUUCAUGCCUACAUUAACUCAUCAUCGAGUUUGAUUGUUUUUUGUAAACGUAACCACAAGUUAAGGUGUACUGUUUAGAGACAGAAGAACAAAAUAACGCUGGGGAAGCCAUUCACA